UUACUCUGUACGAAAUUUUAAGGAUAUUUCCCUUUAAAUUAUUUGGGUUUUAGUAAAUUUUGUCCUUCCUCGACUGUUCUUUUCACCUCCUUCUCUGGGUUUUCGAUAUUUCCAUGUUUCAUUGACUUGAGCUUUACUUUAUUAUGCUUGUUGCAGGAUUUUUCUUAUGUUUGAAGUUGAUGAAAAUGCUGUGUAAAAGCUGCCUUUUUGUCUUCCAGGAAGGAAACAGUGAUAAGAUUAGUAGAUAAGGCAAAUUCUUCGCUGCAAAUAGUAUGAUGAAUCAAGACAAUGACCAAGAGAAUAACCCUGAUCCAUCAGAAGAUUUUCUGCUGAAGCGCAAACGUGGGAGGCCGAGGAAACAUCCAAGACAUAGUCUAAGUCGGGGGGAGGAUGCUCAGACUCCAUGGAAUCAGAACCCGAACUAUGCAGAGAAUACCGGUAUCCCACCUGGAUUUCAAGGGCUGAAUGGCAACCGAUCACAUCAAGCAAAUCCUGUCAACGAUGAUGUAAUGGUUGGUCAGGCUGUUAGUGGUGUUAUCGACUCAGCAUUUGAUGCAGGAUAUUUGCUUACUGUUAGGGUUGGUGACUCUGACACAACUUUAAGGGGUGUGGUUUUCAAGCCUGGGCAUUAUGUUCCUGUUUCAGCUGAGAAUGACGUGGUUCCGAAUCUCCAAAUGAUUAGAAGAAACGAGAUUCCCUUCCCACACGAGAGGAAUGGAAUGGCUCAUCAAGUCAAUGGACCAGCUGUCACCAACCAGGUGAAACGAGCUCGGGCUUCAAAUAUUGGAGCCUUAAAAAGAAAGCACUUGCAGUCGGAGGAAACACAAUAUGUUUCUCCGCUAUUGUCCAGGGGCACGGUGGUGCCUGUUUUGCUCCAACCUGCUAGUUUAUCAAAUGGAAAAGUUGCCAGCCAACAAUUAAGCAAGCCUCCUCAUUUGGCAGCCUCUAAAGGCAAACAAGUAUCUGGAUAUUCCGAUACGGCAGAGGAAAAGUCCGUCAACCCGAUGCUAACAGUUGGAAACCAAAUAUUCCCUACUCAACCUCAAAGUAGUAACCACACCGUUCUGAAAGGCAUACAAAGUGAAACUGUUCCAUACAGUCAACUCCCAUCUGAAGGACUACAGGAUAAUGACCCUAAGUUGAUGAGUGGCAUGCCCUUUGAGAAACUAUUAACUGAAGUCAUGAAAAGAGUUCAAGUCCCCCCUCAACCACCGGAAGUCCAAGAUGGUAAUUUGUUGGUCAAAGAUUUCAGACAACAAAUGGAGGAUGAUCAUCCACUCUCUAUCGAACCACUACAAGCCGUACAACCCGCUCAUCUUUCUUCUGUGCUCAAACCUUUGGAAAAUUUCAGAACUGGCAAGAUGACCGAGCUGUUGAAGGCUGUUCAAGAAAACAUGAGGGAAAACCAAGCAUCUCGGAUCGAACAGCCAACCAUUGAUUCUGAAGAAACAGAGACAUGAUUCCAACAAGCAGUCACAAGUUUCGAGAGUCGCUAACGUUGUAGAGUGCUUUUAGUUGAAUCAAAUGGACUGCAAAAUGGUUUCAAUCCUGAAAAAGGUGUAGGAGCUAGACUUCCCUGGAGGGUUAAUCUUAAAAGUUACAAUAGGGUGCAUCAGAUUUUCCUUUGACCUUUUAGGAUCAAAGCAGCUUCCAUUACUUUGAAUAAAGCUUUUCGUUUUUCACUUUAUAGAUAUGUAGAAAAGCUAUGUUUUAUGUUACUUGAAGCUUUGUCAGAACUCAGUAUACAGGGGAACACUAGUUUCUUGUUAAA